AUGGCUCCGUCAAGCUUUCUGCACGCUUCGGCGCUGGUUACGUCGCUUGUGGCGGGCACCGCUGCGCAGGUCCAGACGGCUACGCCGACUUCUGCGAGCACAACGCUGACUGGCACGUCCACGUCCACGUCGGUUCGCUCUCAGUUCACAAUCCCGGCGUCUGCAGACCAGGGAGCUUAUCUCAUCUCCAACAUCCAUGACCCCGAAGCAGUCAAUGCUCAGGAUGUGUGCCCGGGCUACAAGGCCUCGCAGCUGCAGGAGACAGACGAUGGUAUCAGCGCUGUGUUGAGGCUGGCAGGGGCCCCCUGUAACGUUUACGGGAAUGAUGUUGAUGUGCUCAACCUGAAGGUCGAGUACCAAUCCAAUGACAGGCUGGCGAUCAACAUCAGCCCUGCAUAUCUUGAUGCGUCAAACGCUUCACACUAUAUCGUGCCUGAAAGCCUGAUCCCCAGACCUCAGGCUGAAGACUCGCACAAGGACCUCGAUCUCGCAUUUGAUUGGGGCGAUGAUCCAUCCUUCUGGUUUACCGUGACCCGCCAAUCAACCAAAGACGUUAUCUUCAGUAGCAAGGGCUCCCAUCUUGUCUACGAAGACCAGUUCAUUGAGUUUGUCAGCACCCUUCCUGACGACUACAAUCUCUACGGUCUCGGUGAGCACAUUCACGGUCUGCGCCUGAAUAAUGACUACACUGCGACCAUCUACGCUGCCGACGUGGGUGACCCAGUCGAUCGCAAUAUCUACGGAAGCCACCCGUUCUAUUUGGAGACUCGCUACUUUCCCGCAGGCGACAACGGCACCAGGAAGCCCCUCACGCAAUCCGAGCUCGAGGCGAGCGGCUACGGCGACAGCAAUGGCGGCUAUCCCGCCGACGGAAAAGGCUCCAUCUUUGAGUCGCAGUCCCACGGUGUCUACCUCCGCAACCUGCACGGUAUGGAGGUCGUGCUCAAGCCCUCCAACCUGACCUGGAGGAGUCUCGGCGGCAGCAUCGAUCUCUUCUUCUUUGAGGGCCCGACGCAGCCCGAGGUCACCAAGCAAUACCAGACCUCCGCCAUCGGCCUGCCCGCCAUGCAGCAGUACUGGACGCUUGGCUACCACCAGUGCCGCUGGGGAUACCGCAACUGGGCGGAGGUGCGCGAGGUCGUGGAGACGCUGCGCAAGUUCGACAUCCCCAUGGAGACCAUCUGGCUGGAUAUCGACUACAUGAAUCAGUACCGUGACUUCACACUAGACCCGUUCUCGUUCCCGGAGUCGGGGGUGAAGGAGUUUUUCGACUGGCUGCAUGGCAAUGACCAGCACUUUGUGCCGAUUGUCGAUGCCGCCAUCUACAUCCCCAACCCCACUAAUGCUAGCGAUGCGUACGACACGUACACGCGCGGCAACGACUCGGAUGUUUUCCUGAAGAACCCCGACGGGAGCCAGUACAUCGGCGCCGUGUGGCCCGGAUACACCGUCUUCCCGGACUGGCUGUCCGCCAACGGCGUGGACUGGUGGGUGCAAGAGAUGGUCAGAUGGUCGAAGCAGGUCCCCUUCUCCGGGUUCUGGGUCGACAUGACCGAAGUCUCGUCUUUCUGCGUCGGCUCGUGCGGCACCGGAAACGUGACGCUGAAUCCUGUCCACCCGCCUUUCUGGCUGCCGGGCGAUCUGGGCAACAUCAUCUACGACUUCCCGGAGGGCUUCAAUAUUACCAACGCAACCGAGGCUGCGGCGGCGUCUUCUGCCAAGUCGAGUCAGGAUGCUGCUGCGUCGGCCACCGCGGCGGCGACCGUCUCGGCUGAGUACCUCCGCACCAAGCCUACCCCAGGCGUCCGCAACGUCAACCACCCGCCCUAUGUGCUCGACCACGUCCAGGGCGAUCUCGCGGUCCAUGCCGUCAGCCCCAAUGCCACCCACCAGAACGGCGUGGCCGAGUACGAUGUCCACAACGUCUGGGGCCACCAGAUCAUCAACGCGACUUAUCAAGGCCUUCUGAAGGUCUUCCCCGGCAAGCGACCUUUCAUCAUCGGCCGCUCGACGUUCGCAGGGAGCGGAAAGUGGGCCGGCCACUGGGGCGGCGACAACGGCUCGCAGUGGUUCUACAUGUACUUCUCGAUCCCGCAAGCGCUCUCGUUCUCGCUGUUCGGCAUCCCCAUGUUCGGCGUCGACACGUGCGGCUUCAACGGCAACACCAACUCGGAGCUCUGCGCGCGCUGGAUGCAGCUCUCGGCCUUCUUCCCCUUCUACCGCAACCACAACACGCUCUCCGCGCUGUCCCAGGAGCCGUACCGCUGGGCCAGCGUCGCCGAGUCGUCGCGCGCCGCAAUGCAGAUCCGCUACGCGCUGCUGCCGUACCUGUACACGCUGUUCCACCAGGCCAGCACCACGGGCUCGACCGUCAUGCGCGCGCUGGCGUGGGAGUUCCCCAACGAGCCCCAGCUCGCCGCCGUCGACAACCAGUUCCUGCUCGGCCCCGCGCUGCUCGUCACCCCCGUCCUCGAGCCGCAGGUCUCGACCGUGCGCGCCGUGUUCCCCGGCCUCGUCGACGGCACCGUCUGGUACGACUGGUACACGGGGGAGCGCGUCGCCGCCAAGCCGGGCGUCAACACCUCGAUCCCCGCGCCGCUCGGCCACAUCCCCGUCUUCGUGCGCGGCGGCGCCGUGCUGCCGCUGCAGGAGCCCGGGUACACGACGACGGCGUCGCGGCGCAAUCCGUGGGGCUUGCUCGUUGCGCUCUCCGCUGACGGCACGGCGGCCGGGUCGCUGUAUGUCGACGACGGGACGUCGCUGGUGCAGGACAGCGUGCUGGACGUCGUGUUCCGCGCGGGCGACGGCGCGCUGACGGCGACUGUUAGUGGCGAGUUCGAGGACAAGAAUGCUCUGGGCAAUGUCACGGUGCUGGGUGUGCACAGCACGCCGACGCGGGUCACGCUUAAUGAGCUUGUGGUGGACUCGGACAAGGUCGCGUAUAAUGCGUCGGCGAGCACGCUGAAGCUGUCGGGGCUGAAUGAGCUGACGAAGGGAGGCGCAUGGCAGGGGACUUGGACGUUGAGGUGGGCGUAG